GACCAGCCAAGGACUUUUGACGGUGGAAGGAGAGUUGGUCAUCUGUCUUCAAUCUCAGGCUAUCAUUUGGAAGCAAUGAGUUUAAAACCCUUCACCUACCCAUUUCCAGAGACGAGGUUUCUUCAUGCAGGACCCAAUGUGUAUAAAUUCAAAAUCAGAUAUGGCAACAGCAUCAGGGGGGAAGAGAUAGAAAAUAAAGAAGUCAUCGUCCAGGAGCUGGAGGUCCUACCUGAGAGGAAAGCAGCAGGAGCCAUGAGGAGGAAACGAAAAUGUGAGGAAGUGCCCAGUUCCCCCAGCAAGCCAGGGCUGGACAGGGCCAAGAUGGGGACUUCCAGCCAAGGUCCCAGCAAAAAGAAGCCCCCUAUGGAAACCAGGAGGAACAUGGAAAGAAAAACCCAGCAGGAGUGGCAGGAGGCUCCAGCAUUUGAUAUCACUGACGUCCAGGACCAGGAUUCUACAUGUGGAGACAGCCUAGCAGGGCAGAUUAUCCCACCAUUGCAGCAAAACAAUCCACCUCCACCUAAAGGACCCACAGAGCCAGGAACCAGUGGCUUCUUUGGGUUUCUAAGCUUCCUCUUCCCGUUUCGGUAUUUCUUCAGGAAGAGCAGACAGUGAGCCUUCCAAAUGCAGCAGUGGGAAGAGUGUCCUCUCGCAGUGACUCCUCUCACUCCGUACUCUGCUUAUGACAUUCCAGUCAUGGGGAAUGAGGGCCCCAAACUCCCUGGUCCUCUUCUGGGUUUGUCCUGGCCUUUGCCCCGUUACAAUGGAAUGUUUUUUCAAUUUAAAACACUAAGAAAAGAAUGGAACUUUCUAAAAUGCUCUAGUCUGAGAAUUGUACUUCUCUGAGGGCCACUUUAGGUCUUUCAUCUCCAGCACUUAGGAUCCUAAUGACAAUAAAUUAUUUAUGAAGA